UCCAGACCGACGCGUCCUAGCUUCCCGAAGAACGCGUUUGCCGCUCUGAUGCCGAAUGUAGGAGGUCCGACAAUGCUGAAAUAGUAUCGUCAAGGCGCAUUUAAGGCGCAAUGUCGGCACAAGAAGAUGACACCCAGAUCCAGGGCGUCCGUGAUCUUAGGGAAGCCAUAUCUGACGUGGUUGAAGCUUCAAAAUUACCGCCGAAGCAGCGGAAUAGCAACAUAAAACCAACCGUGCAGAGGCUGGCCUCGUUGUCAUACGACCAAGGGCUGCUCCCGGACGAUCUGGGCCAGCUCAUUAACCUGGUCACAACCCCGAAUUUCCUAGACCAGGCAAGUCUCGGGAGUAUUGUCCGGAAUCUCUACCCGGCGACCACCGUUAGCGACGAGCCUAUUGUGACCGUGGUCGGCGCUUUCGGCCACGGGAAGUUGAAGCCAUCUCUCGCCAUCCAAGGGGCACUCCUGAAAUGGCUCAUCAUGAUUCAUCAUGCCAUAGAGAACCAGAAGCUCCUGUCGCGCGCUUAUUCGGUUCUCUUCAACCUACUCGACACCGCUGCAAUCAGGAAACCAUUGUGUCAUCUGCUGGCUCUCAUUACCCGGCGUCGACACGUACGACCUUACCGCAUCCAAAGCCUCCUAGCCGUAUCUCGGCAGACGGGGAAUGACCCUGCGGUGACCGGACUACUCCGGGUUUUCAAAGACUACUAUCCGGAGAUUAUUGUGGGCGAAGCGACCCGGGCUAGGGCGUUAGCUUUCCAGCAUCCUGAUCAACAAUGGCGCGAGAGGCUGGACCAGAUCCAGCGGGCACAUGCGGCACGAAAUACGAGCAGAUCGGAACGGCCAUUAAAUUCAUUCCGGGUAGCCCGAAAUCGAGCAAGUGGCAAGAGUUCUGCCCUCAUCCCAGAGGUGCAUACCUCAAAUGCUACCGAGAAUUCCAUCACGCUUGAGGAAAUCGAAAACGUCGACGGCUUUGUCGAUAACCUGGAGAGGAUCGAGUUACCAAAUCAAUUGAUCGCCGUCCUCGGGGACCCACUGCUGCAGAAGCUUCUGCUUCUGAAGCCACAUGCUGAAGCCCACCAGAGGGCCGGCAGCUGGCUAGCUUCUUAUGGGCAGGACCUUUUGAGCGGAGAUUCCGGAGUAGAUCUCAGCGGGGGCCUAGAAUUGCUGAGGACUUUCGUCACCAACACUAAGACCUUUCCCCCUGUUUUCCUGACUUUCUUUAGCGAAUACCUCAAGAUAUGGGACGGCCGUGAUAGACGUGAUUCGGUAUUGGUUAUAUUGUCACACGUACCAUUACUCGAAUACCGAGGACUCUAUGAUGGCAUUCUCCGCCCGCUGGAGACCGCGAUACUCGACAACACUGUAGAUUCGCAACUGCAGCUACUUGGCUUUUAUACGGCUCUAAUUCAGCGUUGGACCGUAUUCCUAGCGUCCCUAGACCAGAAGUCGGAGCAGGCAGCGGCCAUCCUUACGGAUCUCGUAACUCACGUAGGCGAUCUUUGUCUGACGCUGGCUCAGACGUCGCCCACAACUUCUACCCACUCGAGGAUCCUGGAUUUCUAUGAGCAGGUUGCAUUCCUAGCCUCCGAGACCAAACUGCUAGCCCAGACUAGGAUCAUGAUACCCCCUUCCCCGUUGGUUUACAUCCUGAACUUCGCCUUGUCGCCGGCGAAUGUUUCGCGGCUCUGUGCGAUACUGUCGAAGUACAAAGAAGGAUUCCAGAAGGCCAUGGAAACGGCCCGUUCCGACUACACGCCGGAGUAUAUCAACGAGUUCAACGGCUUCCUGAUGGACAUAUGCAAUUGCAUCUGGCGGUCGCGCGCGUUCAACCAUCACGACCUCAACUCUCACGGCUGUCUGGUGCCCGAGCCGGUCGUCGCGAGUCUCACGUCGUACGUCAACGGCCUCAACAUGGGCAGCUCCCUCCCGGCGCUGUUCACGCUCUCCUAUUCGCCGACCUUGAGCCUGUCGGCGAUAGCGUAUUUCCGCGAGUUGGAAGACGAGGAGCUCGGGCGGGACACGGGAGAGCUCCGGACUAGGCAUGCCGGGCCGGUGACCCGCUCCAGCCUGGCCGCGCUCGCCAGCAGCGGCGGACUCAAGAUGGGCUGGGACGACUAUCGCCUCGGCGUGCUCGCCUACCUAGAGCAGAAGGGCCUGGCCGGCGUCGCGCAGCUCAUGUAUAACACGAUGACAAACGUGAUGAAGAGGAGGUCCUCGAUGAUGCCGGCGGACUCUUCUGCAGCGCCGACACCGGCGGCUCGACCCUAACUGAGUCCGUUCAGCGUCGUCACCAGAAGAAAUGCACUCCUCUUCCGCCCCGCAGAAUAAGUAACGCAUAAAUAACGCAAAUAACUCGCUUAUACCGAGCACCGUAAC